AUGGGCCUACGUAAUGAGCGCCCAACGUGUCUGGCAUUGCGUUGGACCUCGCGGGAAAUCGGCAACAAGGAAAUCAGCCCUGCUUGCAACGCUAUUGAUUGGCCGGCGAGCUGCUUUACUCCCCACAAAUUUGACAAUUAUCGAAGUUUACGGCUUCCCGGCAACAAUUAUGGCCAAAUAUUAAUGUCCAUCAAUGAAACUAGCAGCAGCCGUCCCGGAAGCGACCUCUCUCCCGCUUCUUCUUCUUCUUCUUCUUCUUCUUUCUUUCUUUUUCUUUCCAAUUUGACCUAUCCUUCUUUUUGUUUGGCUUUGUUUCUUUUUUCUAUUCGACUUUUUUCUUUUAUAUUUUCCCCGCCGUUUCACUUCUUUUUCCUUUUAUUUUUGUUUUUAUUUACUUUCUUUCUUUUGUGUUUUUCUUUGUCCUUCCAACUCUCAUCGAUUUCAUUUCUCUUCUACUUUAUUUUUUAUUCUUUCUUUUGGUAUUUUUCUUUUGUUUUCUCAAAUUUCACUUUCUUUUUCUUUUUUUCUUUUUUUUCUCGGUUUAUUUUUUCCCUUAGAAUAUUUUUCUUUCCGUUUUUAUUUGUGUUCUUUUUUUCUUUUUUUUGUUUCGUUUUCUUCCUUGUUUUCUUUCUUACAUUCUUAAGUCCUUUCUUUCUUUCGUUCUUUCUAUCUGUUUUCUUUCUUUCGUUCUUAGGUCCUUUCUUUCUUUCGUUCUUUCUAUCUGUUUUCUUUCUUUUAUUCUCUUUUAAUUCUUCUUUUCAUCUUUUUCCUUCUUUUUUCUUUGUUUCUUCCAUUUCCUUCUUUUUCUUCUUUUUUAUUUCGAGAUUUCCUUCAUUAAUUUUUGUUUUAUUUUUCUUAAUCAUAUUUCUUUCUUUCCUCAAUUUUCUUUAUAUAUUAUCUCUUUUAUCUCAUCAGUUUUUCUUUCGCCCUUUCCUUUUCCUCUAUUUUAUCUCAAUUUGUCUGGUCUUGAUAUCUUUUUCUUUAUUUUCUUUCUUUCUUUCUUUAUCUUUUCUUUCUUCCUUUUUUCCUUCAUUUUUUCUUUUUCUCCCCUUCUCAUAA